AUGAAAAGUUCUAAAGAAGUUGUUUCUGUUUUAAUCAAUAAUUAUAACGAUGAAUUUCAAAAAAGAGAAAGCGAAAUUCUUGACGAUAUUAUUAUGGAAUCUAAAGAAUGGCUUUACCGUAAACAAACCGAAACUAUUGGAUAUUAUCCGGUGCUUUCUGAAAAAUUAAAAGAAAUCGAAGAAAAAGAUAAUGAAACUAAACUUCACAGGAUAAAGAAGUUUCAGCAAUUAGUUCAAGAAAGAGAACUUAAAAGAAAAAGUAUUGCCGACAACUAUAUGCAAAAUUAUCUUAAUUCAUUGCAAAAGCUUAAAUCUGAGACCUAA